CACUGCGUAAACAGUCACGUUACAUGAUACAUGUAGGCCUACAUCACGAAAACAACUGUUUUAGUGGACGAGCUUGUAUUGCCUUGUGUGGCGUUAUGAUUUGAAAAAAAAAGUUAUGUAUUUAACUUCGGUGUGUGCAUAGACCAUUUUGCUAAGUCGUCAUGUUGCUUCAUGUAGACUACACAUGAAUGAAGCCAGUUCGGUUUCUGAAAGGAAAGGUCAUUCGCGGGGAACAAAGCUCCAAACAUGUUCAAUGUAGGCUAGAGUCGGGUUUUAAAAGCUGUAAUGCAGUAGGCUGACCUUGCUCUUGCGCACUGCUUUUCCUCUCCAAAGCGCUUUAUAAUAAUUGCGGCACUGCGCUGUUGGAACAUUGAAAACAUCAUUGUGUACUUAUCAAUGGUAUGCUUGUUGUUAAAAGACUAUCAACUUGAAGGAACGAGGGACUUUUCCAAAAAGAUUGCGCAAAGCACAGCAUUUGCAGCCUGGGAAAUCCCAUUUCGUUGAACCUUGCCGCUGGUGUCAAGUGUUUUAAAUUAUAACCAGCUUAUGUGCUAUAUUACUGCAUUAUACAGUAGGCCUAGUUGUUCUUUUGCGAUUAGCCCUGGUUUAGACUGUUGACUUGGGCCUAUUCUCUGUUAAUUUCAGGUCAUGAUAAAACCGACCCGUUUAUGAUUGCAAUCUGUUUGAGAGGUUUAGAGCUUACAUUUUCUGGGUGUUGCUCUGAAUUAUGCAUAUUUUCAUUUUUUUCUGUCUAUAUUUAUUCAACUUCGACUCUUUUUAGCUAGCAUUUGCCGGUAGGAAGUAAUCUUGUAGAAUUUCUGAAUUAUAGUUUUCUUUAUUAUUUGCGCAAUGUGUGCUUUUUAGUUGUAUUGCAGUCAUGGGGUGGAAGAGCACUGUAAACGUUUAGAAUUUAAACACUAUAGUCUUUUGCACGCACUUUUCUAUGGUAUACGUGUUCAGCUUUCUGGAAUCGGCUUAGCAUCUAAACACAUUCCUGAACGCAUUAAAAAGAACGUGUCACGGUUAAUCAUGUAAAAAAACUGAGUACAAAAGUGUUUAGAAAUAUCCAACUCUAGGUUCCCUUGUUUAGAGUGUACUGCAAAUGUCGAUGAUAACAUUCUGCCAGACACUUUCAUUCCGUUCAUGUCUAAACCGACAGUUGUAAAUAAAGACACGCCCGACCGGUAUACCAGGCAAGAUAUGGGACGGAGGGGUAUCCCCCAACCUGUGCAAUCACUAUACACACUCUACACUAUUGUUACCUAACGCAUCCGCCCUAGAAGUCUGUAAAGGAUUCCUGAGAUGCCGAUCAAACAAUGACCAACAGAAAGUCGAUGGCCUUUCUCUCUGGACCGUCCCAUAUCUUGCUGAAAAUGCCGGCCAGUGUGAUCUCAAACGGGGUUGCCGUUCCACCCUAAUGCAAUGCUUUUAUGUUGCACACCGACGGGACAGUCUUUGUUGUUACACGUCAGAGACUCUUGACCGGGAAAAUCCUCAGUAAGUUCUCCCACCAACUACUGCACAAUACUACUGCCCUGCAAUGAUAACCCUUUGAAUCACAUAUUGAAGUCCGAUAUUGUUCUAUUGACCAUUACAUGGGUGCAAUUUCGGUGUAUGCUUUUAUAUAUGUAAAUUUAAGAACAAUUUCCCGACUUUUUCCCUUCUUUCUCGAAGCCUGUAAAAAGCCCUAUACCAAGUCUUACAAGCUCACCCUUUAUAAAAGGCACUUUAAGAUAUCUCGCCCUCCCCCGAUUAUUUCCCCUCUCUGGAUAUGCCGCCCAGCGUCAAUCCUCACUGUUGACACUGUGAAAAGCAACCAAACUAUCCAUUUUGUGACCCCAAUCUGUUACUGAUAACUCGGUGAAAUGUUCGUUUGCACUUUGCAUUUCAUAAAAGCGUGUAAUUAUGUAUAAAUAUUUUAAAAUCACUCAGAACAAUUCUGAUUGAUAAAUAAUUGGGACACCUGAAAUAGAAGUCUUCUGCGGAACAAAAAUGGCGGGCAUAAGCAGUCUGACCGUUAGGGUCAUGCCUGCUCUGGACAUGCGUUUGGAUCAUGCAACCAGACUAAACGCCAUAUUUACGUACCGUAUUUCUGGGAAUUUCCAGUUUGCGCAAUAAACAACUAUUGCGGAAUUCUUCAGGGGAUUCCCGAGUUCAAGCACCCCUUUGGCAUCAUCUGUAUGUUUAUGGAAAGUGUGCUUAAAAAAAGUAUAUAAUGUAACCUCAAAUUAAAGCAGACGUGAGGAAGAUCGACCGAUUUCCUGGCGUAACAAUCCGUCUGCCGCUUGAGUAUAUCGCACUUGCUCGACACGUUUCCCCUGCAUUUAGCAGUCGCGUGCUGGAGUACAUUGCUUGCCGGCAAUCCUGUUGAGCCAACGUCGAUCCGGACAAGGAUGGCUAGCAACAACCAUUUUGGGAUGGUGGGUCGCUGGCACGAGCCUAAUGCUCAAGACAUGAAUGACUUGGAAAGGACGGUACUCCCGGGGGAUCGACUGGAGUUCAGCCGGGCAGGUGAAUGGUAUGCACACUGGGGUAUAUACGUCGGUGAAUACAAUGGGAUGGAGCACGCUGUCAUUCACUUCGGGAUGUUUGAAGGAGGGGCGGCCUUCUCCAAGAAGAAGACGUCAGGCAGUGCGGUUUCUGCAAAUAGCAAGCCCGAGGUACGAGCUGACUCCAUUCGGGCGGUGCUGGGCACGUUGGGCAAAGUGAGAAUCAACAACUCUAUGGACAAAGCGAAAACUCCUUUGUCUGCUGACGCUGUUGUGAGAAGGGCAAAGAAAAUGCACCGAGAGAGAGUAGCUGUUGAUUAUAAUCUCAUCAAAAGCAACUGCGAGCACUUCGUGAAUCUUUGCCGGUACGACAAUCCAAGCAGCGAUCAGGUGGAUGCAGCAAUUGCGGGAGCACGGACUGCUUUGUACUUAGUACUACUAGUAGUAGGCGCGGUUGUUGCUAUCUUGGGAAUUGCGAUGGCAGUAUUGAGGCCUCGGAAUCAGUAAUCUCGGGAUGCAAGGUGUUGAGCAGAUGAAGUUACGGAGCUGUGGGGAUGCCACAAAACACCUAGACUAGACUAGACGAGAGCUGUAC